UAAACAAAAAUCGAAAAUAAAAUGUCAAAAAAAUCGUCUAUGGACUUUAUCAGUGUUUUGUGGAUUUGCACUGUUAAAAUACGAUUAAUAUAAGAAUACGCCCUAAGUGUAACAAAAUAACUAUAUAUCGCUGAAGAAAAUGGCUGGAAUUAAAGGUACACCAAAAUUAAGCUUUAAUAUAGUUUUCAGUUUAUUGAUUUAUUUGCUUUGAAAGUCAUCCCCUACUUUAGUGAGUCAUGUUAUUUACUAAACAAUUUUAGCAAUAUUUUAAUAUAAUCCUUUUGUUUCAUGUACUCGUCGUAUUUUGCAGGUUUGGUGUCCCUGGCUUUCACUGGUUCUAUUGGAAUGACAUUUGUUAUAUUGGCUUGUGCAUUGCCAGCUUACAAUGUAUGGUGGCCAUUCUUUGUAGUUCUAUUCUAUGUAUUGAGUCCAAUUCCAACCAUGGUGGCCCGACGUUACACAGACAAUGCUGGUGGAACAAACUCCACAUGCAUGGAGACUGCCAUAUUCAUCACAAUGGGUUUUCUGAUCAGUUCAUUUGCCCUGCCUAUCGUACUUGCACAUGCAGGCACUAUUGCAUUAGGAGCAUGUUUUUUGACAUUGGCUGGCAAUGUCAUUGUCUACCUUACUAUCCUUGGUUUCUUCACAAUUUUCGAUUCUGAUGACUCCGAUUAUGCAAUGUGGUGAGAGAUCUAGAUAUGUCAUUUGUUAUCAACACAAAGGAACGAUUUAUAGGCAGCAAGAUUUUUGUAUUGUAAGAUAUGUUGUGGUUUUGUCUAUCAUAAUUUAAGUCUGAAAGUUUGAUACUGAUAGCAUAAUCUUAAAAUUUUGUAAAAAACUUACUCUAAAUGUUCUCAAAUUUAUACUCAAAGAAAUAAUAAAGAACAGUUUGUUGAACACUGCAAUGAGGACUAUCGCUUUUGCGCUAUUAGUAAGUAAUCUACGAUAAAGGUUUUCAAUCAGAAGAUUCAAAUUUGACCGGUAAUUAUUUUGAAAAAAAAAAAGCUUACAGAUUCGUAGUGCAACCACACUUUCUUUUUGUUAUUAUA